AUGACGAAACGUCGACAAAGAUUUAACGCGAAAGGGAGAAACCUCGUAAAGGAUAAUGCGCAAGCAAAGAUUACCCCCGUCACUGAUGAAAAGGAGUCUUCUAGCAAUUUGGAUACAAAUGCCUUUGAAAUAGAAAUUAAGAGUAAAGAAGAACGAGAAAGAGAAAAUUUAGAAAAAAGAAUUAGAGACGAGCGUGAUACAAUGCGAGAGAAAAUACGUAAAGCCCUUUACGAAGAAAAAAUGGGAUUGCCACGAUCUGAUCCAAAUGAAGAAGAUGAAAAAUUAAACACCUUGAAAAAAAAAGAUUAUUCCAAUCCCCAAGAUCAAAUUAACUCGGAAGAUAAAAAAUCGAUAGGAACCCCUACCGUAAUUAUUGGAAGCGCGUUAAAACGAGGACCUAACGAAGAAUUUAUAACGCCCCCCAAAAAAAAGAAGAAAAAGAAAAAGGAAAGAAGGAUUAAACGUCAAUUGACGGAAGAAGAUGACGACUCUCUUGAUAAUAGCUCGAAUUCUGACUUUGAUAGUGAUAAAGAAACUGGCUCAUUAAAUAUGAAAGAGAUUGAAGAUGAGACAAAUUCAAACUUUGAAUCUAAACGAAAAGCGGAAUCGUUCAAAGAAUGGGCUAUUGAGCAAAUGGGAAUGAAACCAAAAGAUAGCGAGAAUACGAAUCUAAGUCAUAUUCAAUUACCUAAAAUAAUAAGUGAUGGUCAAGACAUUACUAGUGAUGAAUUUCUUAUUUACGAUGCAGUUGAAAAUAAACAACCUAAAAAGGCGUUUUAUGUCACCGUUAAAAGAAAACCCGAGAUACAAGCAGCGCGUAUUGAACUUCCUAUUUAUGGAGAGGAGCAAAUUAUUAUGGAAGCCAUCAUUGAGAAUCCUGUUGUAAUAAUUUGCGGAGAAACAGGAUCGGGAAAAACUACACAAGUUCCUCAAUUCUUAUAUGAGGCUGGAUAUGGAAAUCCAAAUAGCGGCAAGUUAUCGAGAUUUAUCACGGAACUUUUCCAUCUUAAAACUUGGAUUGACAUUUUAUUCGUAUAA